UUCGUUAACAGUGUGCGUUUCGAUAAAAGCUGUUGAUAGUUUUGUUAACGGUGCGGUUUUCGAUAAACGCUGUUUUAGUGCGCGAACGUAUCGUGUUCCGAGAAAGUGCGAAAUGUGACUGAAUUGUUCUUGCUGAUCUGUCGUUGCGAUCCGGCCGCUGAAGUGACGCUUCACGUUACUAUGUCCAGAAGGAAGCAGGCAAAGCCACGAUCUCUCAAACGAGACGAGGAGUGGGACGACGGGAACGAACAGAAUGUCCUGGAGGUAGCGGAGCAGGAUAAUGGGACAACGGGAAUUAAGCAAGACGAAGAAGAAGAUGAGGAGGAAGAGGAACUGCAGCGUGCGUUUAGUCGUCAUUCCGAGGAAUAUUUACAAGAUGGCAGGCCCUCGUCCGUUCAGGGACCGGACUUGGAGAACCAGAACAGCCUCGACAGCGAGGCCUUGGGUACCGGAAGUUCGUCCUGGCACAGCGAGGAUGGCGGUCCGAACUCGCGACGCGGCGGAGAGACGCCAUCGUCUUGCGCGACGCCGACGUCGGCCAGCUUCCCGUCGGAGCCCGAGGUCGACGCCGAUGUCGGGGUCAACGCUGAUGGAAACAACGCUACCGCGCCUUAUCCUUGCCAAUUUUGCGACCGCACGUUUCCACGGUUGAGCUAUCUGAAGAAGCACGAACAGAGUCACGGCGAUCAAAUGCCGUAUCGAUGCAGCUGGUGUGCCAGAUUGUUCAAGCAUAAACGAAGCAGAGAUCGACACGUGAAACUCCACACGGGAGAUCGAAGAUACCGAUGCACGCACUGCGAAGCUGCUUUCUCCAGGAGCGACCACCUGAAAAUCCACAUGAAGACUCACGACACCCAGAAGCCCUACCAGUGUACAGCUUGUUCGCGAGGCUACAACACGGCAGCAGCGUUAACGUCGCACAUGCAGUCCCAUAAAAAGCACCAUCAUCAGUCCCAGGGUACGGCCAAGCUGCAGGACGUGGAUUACGGGAGGCGAAGCGUUUCCUCGCACAGCACGUCGUCGCCGCCGGUUCCAAGUUCCCCGUCACCGUCCUUGAAUCUAACCUUGAAUCCGAAGGCCGGCCUGAAAAGCUCGCAAGGCAGCGCUUCCACCACGCCGAUCCUGAGCUCGCCUCUGAAGCUCGCUUGCAUGUACUGCACCAGGGACUCGUUCAGUUGCAUGCAGCAGCUGCAGAUGCACGUGCAUACGAUGCACCAAGCGAUCCUGAGCGGAGAGAGCGUGGCGGUGCCGCCGUCGCCAAGCAGGAGCAACGAGCAGCUCGCCUAUCAGCGCGACAAAGCGUCGAAUCAUCGGGCGGAAGCGACGUCCAAGGAUCACGAGAGGAAGUACCAAGAGGAGUCGGACAGAUCGAUGGAGAAGGAGCACUACGAGAACGCAUUCACCUGUAAUCAAUGCACCAUGAAGUUUUCCGCGUUGAGUUCGUUGAGGGAUCACUUGAUCUCCAUUCACAGAACCGACGGUUUCAGUUCCGCGCUGAUGAUGUGUCCCCUGUGCGGAAUCCCUUGCGCUUCGGCGGCUGCCUACGCGGAGCACUACGUUCUCCAGCACUGCGAGAACCGACGGAUCGGGCCUAUGGAGGGUCGAGAGUUCCUGAACAAAAGCAACGGGAGUUACGGAGACUCGAAGAGCUCGAGGAGCCAAAAGAUCAGGGAGCAAUCGGCCUCGGAACCAGCGGAUCUGACAAGCAAGCAUUCCAGGCCGACGGAAAGCAGCUACACCGCGGGCACUCUCCUCUGUGGUCAGUGCGGAGCUGCUCUGAAGGACUUCGAGUCGUUCAGGGAACAUCUGGCCAGGCACCUGCAGGCGGAUCACAGAAACGACGCGAUACGACAUCCCUGUCCAAAGUGCGAGGCUGCUUUUCAAGACAGGGAGGAAAUGCUGUCGCAUUUAACAAAACACUACCUCGGUCAGAUCAGCAAAGAGUACGCCUGCGGGGCCUGCAAGAAACUUUACGCUCAUCCCGACUUGCUCCAGAGGCAUCUGCUCGACAGCCACGCUCAUCAUCUCUACAGAUGCGCUCUGUGCAGGGACACUUUCGACUCCAGGGUGGCGAUACAGGUUCACUUCGCGGUGAAGCACAGUCAGGAGUGCAGGAUAUAUCGUUGCAACGCGUGCACCGUUCCCAAUAACGAGAACUCGCCGGGAAACGCGCCCGGUGAGGGAAGAAGCUUCUUCAGGAGCGAGUCCGAGAUGGCGAGUCACGUUAGAAACGUUCACGCGCCGCCCACGGUGUCCAACAGCAGCCCCAUAGCGAGGAGUCCGGCUUCCACACCUGGCAUCACGGGAAACUCCGGACCCAGGUGCGUUUUCUGCGGUAUCUGCUGCAACUCGGAACUGGAGCUGCAACUGCACUUGGCCAGUCACUCGACCAGCCUCUACAGAUGCCCGAUCUGCAGGGAGGGCUUCGCCGUCGAGUUUCUGCUGGACAGACACAUCGCCCAAACGCACCAUUCCGGCGAACACCAGGCUAGCGUCAGGAGCAACUCCAGGGAGAAUGGACGAAUAGGAAGACUCCCCAGGUCUCAAGAGGAGUCAAAGUCGCAGAAGAGAGGCCGUUCCCCAGCCUCGAGCAACAACAACUCCCUAAACCAACGUGACAACAACAACAAACGAGCGAACUACACCAGUAUAGGGAUGCAACAGUGCGAGUUGUGCGAAAGGGGAGAGUUCGCGAACGAAGCGGAGCUCCAGGCUCACAAGAAACUGGCCCACGCGUCGGCCAAGUUGCAGAACAAAUCGCUGUCAAGUCUUAGCAUGACGUGCGCUUAUUGCGGCGAGGUGUGUCGUUCUAGAGCCGAGCUGGAGUCCCACACUAGGAUCCAGCAUGCCUCGAACGAGCCCGGUGGACGUCACAAGUGCAACAUAUGCGACGAGGUGUGUCCGUCGGGAUCCACGCUCGCCGAGCACAAACUUCAAAAGCAUUGCAAGAUCCAGCUGAGCGACACCUGUGUCGUUUGCCGCGGCAGCUUGGUCUCCGAAUCGCAGUUCCUCGAGCACGUUCAGAGACACAGUCUGGAGAACGUGGACCCUCAACAGAGACUAGACGAUUCCCUGCCCCAUCUUCCAGCAGCUUGUGUCGUUUGCAGGCAAACGUUGAUCAGCGACCUGGAGUGCCGCCUUCACGCCAGGUACCACCUAAAGGCUUCGCCCGGUUCGCAAAGUUCUACGUCCAGUCCCAGUCCUAAACAGAAAAGUCAAAGUCCGGGUUGCUGUCUCUGCCUGAGGGAUUAUUCCGCCGACGAUUUCGUCAGUUUGCCUCCCAAUCAUAUGAGCGGCGGAGGGCAGUCUCUGAGAGUCUGCAAAUCUUGUUACAUUCGUCAUUCUCAGGGCCUGCCGAUACUGAACUCGCCAUACGAGCACGUUAGAGCUAAAUGCGACAGAGACUGGAUCUCUAGCAAGGAUUCCCAAUGGGACGGGUCCAGGGAUAGAUGGGACUCCGAACGCGUGUUUAAAAUGGAAGAGAGGACGAACGAGGCAAACGAUAACAAAAGAUGCCAGGAUUGCGGGGUGAAGUUCGAGGAUCCCGAAGAGGCAGAGAAGCAUAGACUCGCGGAACACGAGAAGAUUGGAUCUGUGUCGAAUACCUAUACCUGUAUACAAUGUCAGAUGUCGUUUCCAACGGAAGCUAAGAUACAGCAACACGUUAGGAAGGAACACCUAGAAGCAUCUGGAAGGGCUUCCAUCGAGGCAUUGCGGUGUCAUCUGUGUCUUUUCGAGGCUGGUAGUCCUCUGCAAUUGCAAAGCCAUUUGAUAGAACACACUUUCGCCGGUUGCGCUGCUCUCAGCUGUUACAUCUGCCAAUCUCUCUUCACCGCGCCUAUUGGUCUUCAGAAUCAUAUGCUGCAGGAGCAUGGCCUGGGUGCUCGUCCAUACGACUGUUCCAAGUGCACCCUCAAGUUCUUCUUCAGGGCCGAGUUGGAUCACCACGUGCUGACGUUCCAUCGCUUGGAAGAAACGUCCCCGUCCAACGGAAACGUACAGAACGCCAUAGAAGCGAAAAGAACCGACGCGGAGGAACAAAAUUGUGACGAGGGCGUCACGGUAAAGGAAGAACUGUUGUUGCCGGACGUUGGCGAGGAGGAUGAAGAGAUCAACGUCGACGAGCAAAUGGAACAGGACGACCAGAAAGUUGACAGCCACGCGGAAGCGGAUCUGAAGCUAAAAGCCGAGGUCGAUGUAGAAACUGCCCCCGACAAGACGGAAUCGUGAUUAUUUUGAAAAGGCAACGCAAAGUUACUUCGGACAGCUUGAAAUAAAUCACGAGCCUGUAAAAAAAAUCGAAGUUUAACACGAUUUAACUAAAUCAGUCCUUAACUAUUUCGGUGCUGAAGAACAUAUUCAUCGAAUUU